UCUCCGCUGUCAAAACUCAACUGUCAGUUUCAGGCCUUUAAUCAAAAAAAAUAAUAAUAAAAACCAUAAACAAAAACCAGCUUAAAAUUUACCAAAUUUUUUCAUAAGUAUUUACAAUUUCCCAUCGAUUUUAACCUCGUCCCUUUCCACCCACCAUGAUGGAUCUCCUGGAGGAAAUAACCGACGAGAGUGACCACGAGCAGCAGCAGCAGCAGCAGGAGAGUCCCCGGGGGUACUACACCAGGGCCAAAAGGCGACGACUGUCGGAGCAGUUCCCGCAGGAUAGAGAGGACGCCUCCUCUUCCUCCUCCUCCUACAGGGUUCCGGAGGUCAGCAAGAGGAAGAACCCGAUUAUGUUCGUGCCCACGGAGGUUCUGCAGAGUAUAUUCAAGCAUUUGACUUACCACGAAUUAAGUUCGAAGGUGAGGCUGGUCAACAGGAGAUUCAAAAUUGUAGCGGAAGAUCUACUGAAUCUGGGUUAUAAAAGGAUACAGAGGAAGUUUAGGGCCCUGAUCGCGUCUACGGAAGUGGCCCUACGCUGUAUAGAGGACGACAUGGAGACUAAAUGCAUCGCCAGGCUGCUCUCCUUAUUGGAAGUUUUAAAUUUACAGUACGCCGUGGUACUUUCGACCAUAUGGCGGUACGUCUACAACGACCUUUACAAGUGCAAGUCGACCUGCAUGUACGCCGGCUUAAUCAUAGACACCCACGAGGCUUUUUUCUGGAAAUUCGUACAUUGUCCGAACCAGUUGUACUCGCCGGCAGUCAUCAAGGAGUAUACUUAUCCCCCGGAAGUGACGAAAAUCAUCCAGAUGACCAAGACGUUUUGCAUCCAUUUCGACAAGACGAACGAGGAGACCGGCUCGAAUUCCUGUUUUUUGAGCGGCUGCAAGAUCGUCGAUAUCCUGGAUAGCGCCAGGUACUGCCAGAGGGUGGCACAGGUCGAAAGGAGAUCCCCGGAUACGUUCGUCGGGCGGUACAGCUACUUUUUCAAGAAUUCGUGGUUUAUAGCGAUGGAAAUCGUGCAGAACAAACCGAUGGACUGGCCCCAGCAGCAACGGAUGAUGCACAUGAGACUACGCAGGAUCGUUUUGGCACAUAACGACAUGUAUUUGUUGCAAGAUCAGUACGAACGGGAGGUCUUACUCAGACCGGAAGCCCUUAAUCAAAUAAGGAAACCCAGCAACAACGUUUACACCGGAUAUGGGGACGUGGAGGAUAAGUUUUUUUACUAUGGCGUCAUGAAUGACGGGGCGUACUUGUCGAAAUUCCAAAAUAGCGACGAGAACGAGGAGCAAGACGACGAGGACGAAAUCAACGAGUUUGCCGUCCAGAACAACGGGGCCGACGGCGAUAUGGAACGCGUCAACUCCGAGGAGGACAUUUUGUACAGGUUGCCGUAUUUAGGUUUCCAAGUGGACGUAGCCGUUAAGUGUCCCACCCCCUUGGCCCCCCUUUUGUAUUUACAGUCUUUACCGUCCGGCGAUUUGGAAAAAGUCAACAGAAGGCACAGUUUAAAAGGUGAAUCCCAUAUACAAAUGGAUUUCAAAUGUUAUGGGGCGCAUUACGCGCGCUUGCCAACCGGUUACACCUAUGACGUCAUAUGGAAGAGCUGAAUGAAGUGCGUCCCUGUUUUUUUCCCCAAUUUCUACCUCAUUUACCCUGUUAUUUUAUUAAUUGAACCGCACCUUUUUAAAGUUUCAUUCGGUUGUACUGUGUAACGUUAUCGCGUCCCCUGUGUGAUAUUAUUUUUUACAUCCUAUUUUCUUUUGUAUGAUAUUAUUUAUGACCAAUAAAAACGUAUGGAAUUAA